AUGAACAAACAAUCGGAUUCAAAACCUUACACAAAAGGUAAAAGUAAAUUCCACAUGUUUUUUUACAAGAAUAAAUAUUCGAGUUCGAAAUAUAACAACAAUAAUGUGAAUGAAAAUAUUGUGAAAGGAAAUAACUUGAAUGAUAAUAAUGUGAGUGAUAAUAAUGUGAGUGAUAAUAAUGUGAGUGAACACAAUAUGAAUGAUCAUAUUAUGAAUAAUGAGACACAAGUGGGACAUCAAAUAAACGGUGAGGAUAACAAUUCUAUAAAUAUAAAUGUGUUCUCACAAAAUAAUAAUAGUAAUGAUAAGAAUAAAAAAAAUUCAACUCUUACUAAUGCUAGUCAUAAUAAUCCUCAUCUAAGUAACAGUGGCAAUGCUCAUUAUAAUAAAAAGAAAAAUAGUAUGAACACACGAAACAGUGGUGUAUUAUUAAAAAGUUCAGAACAUAACGUGUUGUCUUCUUAUAAUGAGGAUGUAUAUAAUAAUAUUGGUAAGACAAAUGAAGAGAUGAAUAGUGCUUGUGAUAUAAAUAUGAAUAAUUAUAAUAGUGUUAAUAUGGAUGAGGAAUAUAAUAAAUAUCACCCCCAACAACAACAACAAAAAAAACAUAACAGUAAUAAUAAUAACAAUAAUAAUAAUAAUAAUAAUAAUAAUAGUAGUAGUAGUGGUGUAGAUCAUAGUGGUAGUCAUACACAUAAUUUUAACCACCAGAAUAAUAGCUGUAACAAAAAUGUAGCUGUUGCAUAUAAUAACAUGAACCAUAAAAAAGAAGAAAAACAAGACAAUGAAGAUUAUUUUAACUGUGAUAAAGAUAUAGGCAAUCCAAACAACAACCAACAUUCUAUAAAUAAUGUAUAUAGAAAUUAUAAGAAUUAUAAUAGUGUUGACCAUACAAAUGAAAACUAUGUAAAUAUGUCUAAAAAUAGUAAUCAUCAUUACAAUAAUUAUCAGAGUUAUUAUAAUAAUAAUAAUAAUAUGCAAAAAUAUGGUGAGGUGAAUGAUAACCAGCUGAAUAAUUCAAAUGAUCAAGGGCAAAAGAAGAUGAGUAAUUAUUUUAACUCUUCACAAGUAUAUAACAACAACCACAUGAACAUUAGUAGCAACAAUAAUAAUAAUAAUAAUAAUAAUAUUAAUAAUAAUAAUUAUUAUUAUAAUACUCAUCCAAAUAUUUCUCAGUUUAACUCAGAUAUGAAUAAUAGUAAUAAUCAAAACAAUACAACGGCUCCAGGAAGUAAUGAACAUAUGUCAUCAAAUAAUAAUAAUAAUAUUAUUAUUAAUAGUAAUAAAAAUAAGAAUAGCACCAUGUUAGAUGACGUUUAUCAUUUGGAAGAUGACAAAAAUGUUUAUACUAAAAACGAAACAAGAAAAGAUUCAAUGUUAAAUAAUAUGAUGAAUCAUGCUGGUGAGAAGAAUAAAAAACAUGACAAUAAAAUGCAGAAAGGUGUGAGUCACAACAAAAGAGAUGAAAAGAAAGAAGACACAUAUAAGAAAUAUGAAAAAAGAGAUAAUAUCCCUAUGAGUAAUAAUAAUAUAAAGAAGGAUGAUAAAAAAAUGGAUAGCAGAACAUUACACACCAAAAGUAAUAAUAAUAAUAAUAAUAGUAAUAAUAAUAGUAAUAAUUAUGUGGAACAUUCUAAUAUUAAUAUUACAAAUAAGAAUAUAACAAAUGUAGACAUAAAGAAUGAUAAUGUAAUAUAUGAGAAUACAGAUGAUGAUGACAAUAAUAAUAAUAAUAAUAAUUAUCAUUAUAACAAUAUAAAUAAUAGUAGUAAUGAUGAUAGUGAACAUGUGGAUGAUGUAUGUAAUAUGAAUGAUAUGAAGGAUAUAAAUUGUAAGAAUCUUAAUUCAUCUAAUGGAAAUGCAUAUAAUAUAUCUUAUAUGUUUAUAUAUCAAUAUUAUUAUGUAUUACAUACAAAAAAAGAAAUGAUGCAUAAUUUUUAUUCCGAGAAAGCAAUACUUCUAGUUAGUUUUAAUGAUGAAGCUAAGACAAUAAAUACGAAAGAACAUAAAAAUGUUCACAUUUUGAAUAAUGAUUAUUAUGAUACAGAUAAACAAGAACACAUUGAUGAUAUAAAUAUGAUAAGAAAAAACAACAACAAUAAUAAUAAUAUUAGUAAUAAUAAUAAUAUUAUUAAUAAUAAUAGUAACAAUUGUGAUGAUAGUAAUUAUAGUAAUCAUUUUUUUAACAUAAACGAAAUUAAUAUUGAAGGCUGUCAUAAAAGUGAUCAUAUGAUAAAAUUAGAAUCAAGAAAUAUGAUCUAUGAAUAUUAUAAAAAUCUAGAUGUAGAUGCUUGUACAGUUCAUAUUAUUUCAAUUGAAGUUGUAAAUUUACAUGAUGAAAUUUAUAUUUAUAUAUAUGGAAAAAUUAAAAAAUCUAAAGAUACAAAUGUAUAUUAUUAUUUUAUUCAAAAUAUACAUCUACAUAAAUAUAAUGUUUAUCAAUAUUAUGUGGAUGUAGAUUUUAUUCAUUAUUAUAAUUCACCUGUUAGUAAAGAACCACAAACAGAAUUAUUACAUUCAAAAGUUUUAAGAGAAGCAGAUACACACAACAUCAUCAAAAAUGAUGAUGAUGAUAAUAAUAAUAAUAUUAGUAAUAGUAAUAUUAGUUUGAGUGCUGUGAAAAAUAUUGAAGAUGAUAACAAAAAAAAAAAUAAAGUUAGCUAUAAUUUGAAUAACACAAAUGUUAAUGCUACUACUAUGAAUAAAAUGAAUGAAAAAAAAAAAAAAAAAAAUGAAACACAAUUAUUAGAAGAGCAGACAAAUUCAUCAACUUUAAAUAUACAAAAUAGAUAUAAGGAUAAACAAUCAGUAUCAAAAAAUGAACACAUAUCAUAUUAUGAGGAUGAUAAUGAAGAUAAUUUAUAUUAUGAUGACGCAAAUGAAGAGAUGUUAUAUUAUAAUAGUGAUCAUAAUAAAAAUGAAUGUGAUGAUGAUGUAUAUUAUGAGGAUGGUGAUGAUUAUAAUAAUAACUAUAAUGAUGAUAUAUAUUUUGAAGAAGAUAAUGAAGACAUUUAUUCUGAUGAACAUCAUGAUGAAUAUGACCAUGUCUUAUAUAAUAACAAUGAAGGAACAGAAAUGCAUAAACAUAAUGAUAAUAAUAAUAAUAAUAUGAAUGAUAUCAAGAAAAAUAAAACAGAUCUACAAUAUAAGAAUUUAAAAAAAAAUAAAUUACACCUACCAAAAUAUAAUGUCAAUCAACAGAAUGAUCAGAAUAAGAAGAAUAAUAUAUUAAAGGAUGAUCAUCAUGUUAUUAGCAAUGAAGUCAAUAAACUAAAGCAUCAAAAAAAUGUUCAUGAAGCAAAAGAAGAGUUAUCAUCUGAAGUGUUAAAAGAAAAUGAAUUAUCUACAAAGAAAUUGUCUAAAUAUAAAAAUCUAAAUAAUGAGACACAAAAAAAGAAAGACUCAACUAGUACAGAUAUAUACAAAAAUAAUGAUAAGAAAAAUAUUCCAAACAACAGUAAAAAUAUUCAUGAAAAUUUUAAUGAGCAGAAUAAUCAUGAUGAGACAAAAAUACUCAACAUGAAAGAUAAGAAACAGAUGAAUAAUUCUUAUCAACAUCAUGAAAAUAAUGUAGAACAAAAAGGACAAGAAAAAAAUUUAAAUAAUAAUAAUAAUAAUGAGAAAAAAGUUAAAAAAAAUAAACAUGAAAACAAUGUGCAGAAAAAAAAUACAGAUGCAGAUGAACAGAAGACUCCAGAGAUUAAUACUGUAUUAAAAAAAGAAAAUAAUAAUAGUAAUGAUAUAUUAUCUAAAAAAAAAAAAAAAGACAAAAAAAAAAUUGAACAAGAUAGUUGGGUUUCUAAAGUUAUGAAGAAUAACACAACGAUUAUCAUACCAGAUAGUAAUAAGAAUGAUGAUAAUAAUAAAACUGACAACCUUGUCAGUAAUAAUGAUAAUAAUAAUGAUAAUAAUAAUGAUAAUAAUAAUAACAAUAAUAAUAAUAAUAAUAAUAAUAAUAAAGGGGUUGAUGAAAUUAAAAAGGAUAACCAGAUAAAACAUGAUGAUGAUGUAAAACAAAAUGAUAAUGAAGAAUAUAUAACAGACGAAAAUAAUAAAAAUGAAGAAAUAAGUGUAAAUGAUAAAAAAAUUAUUAUUCAUAAUAUUCAUAAAAGUAUGGAUAAAAAAAAAAUUAAUGAUUGUAUUAUAGAACGUUUAAAAAAAUAUAAUGAUGGACAUGCAGUUCAAAUAGAUAUAUAUCAAAGAUCAUUUAAAAAACCUUAUCAAACUAAUUUUAAUUAUAAAAAUACAUAUGAUAAUAAUAAAACGCAAACAAAUGAAUAUUCUUAUGCUAUAGCAGAAUUAGAUUGUCGUCAAAGUCAACAAUUAUUAUUAGAUCUAGGAUUGUAUUGUAAUGGAAUAAAAUUAAAUAUUGAACAUUUUAAAGAAAAAAAAAAAUUCAUAGAUACCAAAAAAUUUAAUAAAAAAUUUAGUACAUACAGUAACAACAACAACAAUAAUAAUAAUAAUAGUAAUAAUCAUGGAUCUGUAAGUUUUAAAACAAAGGAUGAUAAAUAUAAAAAUACUUAUUAUAAUAAACAUUCUAGUUCUAUCCAUGCAGGAGCUGUCAUAUCAUCAGGAGGAAAUAAUAAUGCAUCUUCUUUAUAUAGAAACAAAAGAAAUAAUGUAUUUGUAAAGUGA